CGCCCCGCAGACCCGCUGUGUCGUGCGCCGAGCAGCAGCAGCCGCCUUGCCUGGUCCCGCCGCUCCGCUGGUGGUCUCCGCUCCGCCAGCCCCGAGAAAAUGUUUCGAAACCAGUAUGACAAUGAUGUCACUGUUUGGAGCCCUCAGGGCAGAAUUCAUCAAAUAGAAUAUGCAAUGGAAGCUGUCAAACAAGGCUCAGCUACUGUGGGCCUGAAAUCCAAAACCCAUGCUGUACUGGUUGCUUUGAAAAGGGCACAGUCAGAAUUGGCAGCUCAUCAGAAAAAAAUUCUCCAUGUUGAUAAUCAUAUUGGAAUCUCAAUUGCUGGGCUCACUGCUGAUGCUAGGCUCUUGUGCAACUUCAUGCGUCAGGAGUGUCUGGAUUCCAGAUUUGUGUUUGACAGACCUCUUCCUGUGUCUCGCCUAGUGUCUCUGAUUGGAAGCAAGACCCAGAUACCGACCCAGCGUUAUGGCCGCAGACCAUAUGGCGUGGGACUGCUCAUCGCUGGGUAUGACGAUAUGGGUCCUCACAUCUUCCAAACCUGCCCGUCUGCAAACUACUUUGACUGUCGGGCUAUGUCCAUUGGAGCCCGCUCCCAGUCGGCCCGUACUUACUUGGAGAGGUGUAUGUCCAAGUUCAGUGACUGCAAUUUGAAUGAGUUGGUGAAACAUGGUCUUCGUGCCUUACGAGAAACACUUCCUGCAGAACAGGACCUAACUACAAAGAAUGUUUCCAUUGGAAUUGUUGGGAAAGACUUGGAGUUCACAAUCUAUGAUGAUGAUGACGUGUCUCCUUUCCUGGAAGGUCUUGAAGAAAGACCACAGAGAAAAGCACAGCCUGCUCAGCCUGCUGAUGAACCUGCAGAGAAGGCUGACGAACCCAUGGAGCACUGAUCUGUAUAAGCCAGUCUGUCUGUGUUAGCAAAUCUAAAAGGAACACUUCUGUCCAUAUGCCAGUUAUUAUCCACGCUUUCAGUCAGAUGCAGUCACAGAAUGAGAUGUUCUUAGGAAUCAGCCCUGGAAGGAUUUUUCCAAGAAACCUAACUAAAAGGUUAUAACUGGGUGCAUUUUCUUUAAGAGGGAGGAUGUAAUCAUUUUCUAGAAAGAAUGGGAUAUCAGCACUACUGUUUUUAUAUGAAGACCAUAUUGUCUUUAAGGUUUUAAAGGCAACUGUGAAAUAAAAUUGUUUCAACUGAU